CUGCCUGAUCACAAUUACGAGUGCCUUGCGGACCAAUAGCACGUUAUUUCGUUUCUCUUCUCUGCAACACAGAAACGUACGAGCUCUGACCGUGUGUGGAGGUCCUCAGGCAGGCGCCGCCCUUUGUGGCUGUAGAGACAAGAUGGAGAAGAAGCUGCUGGGCGCCGCCGGGACGGACAACAUGGACCACAGCGGCGAGGACGACGAGGGACCCACCCUGUGGUCUGCAAUCCUCAGCGAAGUUUCCACACGUUCAAGUUCUAAAUUGCCAUCCGGAAAAAAUAUACUGGUGUUCGGGGAGGAUGGAUCAGGGAAGACGACACUUAUGGCGAAGCUCCAAGGAGUCGAAUACAAUAAGAAGGGGAGGGGGCUGGAAUACCUGUACCUGAACGUUCACGAUGAGGACAGAGAUGAUCUGACCCGCUGCAACGUGUGGAUCCUGGAUGGAGAUCUGUACCACAAAGGCCUGCUGAAGUUUGCCGUGUCAGGAGACUCGCUGGAGGACAGCUUGGCCGUGUUUGUGGUGGAUAUGUCCCGGCCGUGGGCCAUCAUGGAGUCUCUGGAGAAGUGGACCAGUGUCUUGCGUGAGCACGUGGACAAGUUGAAGAUGCCACCAGAGAAAAUGAAGGAGCUGGAGCAGACCAUGGUGAAGGCCUUCCAGGAGUAUGUGGAGCCUGAGGAGGCUGUGCCGCCUUCUCCACAGAGAAGAGGCCCUCCGGCUGGGACAGAGGACGAGGGGGUGCUGCUCCCGCUGGGAGAAAAUGUACUGACACACAACCUGGGCAUUCCAGUGCUGGUAGUUUGCACAAAGUGUGACGCCGUCACUGUGCUGGAGAAGGAGCUGGACUAUAAAGAGGAACACUUUGACUUCAUCCAGUCCCAUGUUCGGCGAUUCUGCCUCCAGUAUGGUGCUGCCUUGAUCUACACCUCCGUCAAAGAAGAGAAGAACCUGGACCUCCUUUAUAAAUACAUAGUGCACAAGCUGUUUGACUUCCAGUUCACCACAGCUGCCUUAGUGGUGGAGAAGGAUGCAGUGUUUAUUCCGUCUGGUUGGGACAAUGAGAAGAAAAUUGCCAUCUUGCAUGAAAACUUCACAACGGUUAGACCAGAUGAUCUGUUUAAGGACUUCAUCACAACACCCCCUGUGCGAAAGCUGGUACACGAUAAAGAGAUAAAUGCAGAGGAUGAGCAGGUCUUCCUCAUGAAGCAGCAGUCCUUGUUGGCGAAGCAGCCGGCGACCCCGACGAGAGGAACUGAAUCUCCGGCCCGGACCACGUCUGGUUCCCCUCGGCCUACAGGUCGCCCCGUCCCUACCAACGUAGCUAGCGUAUCACCAAUGACUACCGUGAAGAAACCAGAUCCCAACAUGAAGGGAGCAGCUGCUAAUGAGGGUGUGCUGGCCAACUUCUUCAACAGUCUGCUGAGUAAAAAAACAGGCGCUCCAGGAAGUCCAGGCAGCGCAGGGACGGGCGUGCCCGGCUCCACCAAGAAAACAGGGCAGAAGCCAGCUUUGACUGAUGUCCAGGCAGAGUUGGACCGUAUGACUCACAAAUCUGACUCCAUCGUAACGGCCAACGACACCCCAGAGUCAGAGCAUGACGCAGGAGCGCACUAACUCCUCGACCCUCUGACAGCACUCCAGAACAAAACAUGCUUAUCAACAUACAGGAGAAAAACUGUCAUGACCAAAAAUUCCCCCCUUGUGUGUGUCCGUGAGCAGCGAGUUUCAGCGAGCGUGCCGCGAUGCUGUCGUGUGCGUGUUGGCUCUGGUAUUGCCGGGGGGAGGGAGAAGGAGAAAUCUGAACAGAUUUGAAUACUGAGUUUUCUUUAUCUUUUUACCCCUCCAAACCCCCCCUUUUUUUUUUUUUUUUUUUUUUAGUGGUGAGGCAGGUUGAUGUGAUGCCCUCACGGGGAGGCGGGGGGGCAGGCGGAAACACCCUCCUGCUUCCUGUGCGUUACUUAUUGGAAGGAUGGCAGUGAUGUGAUUUACAAAAAAGAGAAGAGGCUAAAUCUAUUCAUUUAAAACUCUGUAGUACAUACUGAUGUAUUUAUAUGAAACAAGGCUUUUAUGCUGAUAUUUUCUUUCUCAGUUUUAUCCUUCAGACAUUAAAAUCUUCACGUAACGCGCUUAACACCACUGACGUCAUGACACUAAUCCAAGCAAACACUUACUGGUCCACGAGUGAAGGGGAGUACAAUCUCUCUUUACAAUGAGGCUGUAAAUAUACACACGACAUUUUGCUAUACAAGCUUUGGUUCAGUUUUGUAUGAAAUCAGUUAUUUUGACAAGUUAUGAAGAAUUCUCUGUGAUGGAGUGUGGCAGGUGUUGGAACGUGGAGUGUGAGUGUUGGAGGGUGGAGAGGUGUUGGUGAGUGUUGGAAGGUGGAGAGGUGUAUAUUGGCCAUGCUGAGAGAGAGGAAUGGUCCUGCCUGCCUCAGCAGUGCGUUGUGUGCUAGUGAGGGUUCUCCCCCACAGGACACCAGUGCCCCCUCGCCCCUAAACUAAUUUAUAUUUGUUUUUUGUUUUUUUAAGUAUUGCAACUGUGGUGGUGUUCCUGUUGUGGUUUAGGUUCAUUUCCAGUCAGGCAGUAGGGAAGCGUUUCUGUUGUUUUAUAUGUAACGGUGCCUGUGAAGAGGUGGAGCUGUGCGUUAAGUAUUAUGCUUGCUUCAAAUCUGUCUCCCUGAGAAGAAACUCCCCCCUUCACCUAGCACCCCAUGAUGUCAUCUUCACAUAGGCAGUGACGCAUGCAGUACACACAACCUGAUUUUAGUCAAAUGGAUUUUUCUGCCAACUUCCACGUUUGUUUCUUUGUGCAGUCAAGUGUUUAUCUUUUUGUACUUUCUACCUGAAGCCUGGUGAGGCUGUCUGUGUGAAACAUUCCGUGUGGGUGUGGGGGGGAGAUCGCCCUGGCAGGGGGAGGCUUCCCCUAGCAUGGCUGUCUCAGGACCCAUAUGGCCUCUCUGCUGUCGUUUAGCUCAGUACAUACACACACACACACACACACACACACACACACACACACACACACCCCCGCCUGAUGGCUAACGACAUGACAGUCACAGGUCUUGCCUCUGCUAAUGUGGCAUCUCCUCCAAUACUGUAUCAACUCCAACAUGUAAAUGCAAGUAAAAUCUUAAAUCGGACAUAUUUUCAUCUGCUGACGUCUUGUACUUCAGUGGCAGGGACUCCUGCGCUUGGAACCUUGACUUGUGGUCGAGAAGUAGCUGUGCUGCCUACAAAGUGACAGACGCAUCAUACAAGACAAAACGCAGAGAGCAAUCCUGUAACCAAAGAUGUGUGCCCAGCAGCUUCCAUCACCGCCCCUCCACAGUGCCCUCUACAGGCUCUGCUUCCACAUUACUGCUGAACAUCUCAGCCUCUUGUCUUUUUUUGCUCUUUAAGGCAAAAGGCUACAAAUUGUGCAGUCUUUUUUUUUUUUUUUUUUUUUUUUUUUUUUUUUGCAUGAAUUUAUUAAUGGUGGAAAAAGCCUCAUAUAAACCAAUUGGCGCUGAGUGAAGAGGAACCUCUGAAUAUCGAUGCUACGUCCGCUAACGCCCGCAUUCACACGGCACUGCUAAGCGUCUGGACAGUUAAGCACAAUAUCUUAGUUUGGACCACUCGCCCCUGGUUUAAGUAGCUGAGCACUUCUGUCAGUUCUGGCCCUGUAAUGAGCUCUAUCGCUGUCACCUACCUGAAGCCAACUGUACUACAUUAUAUGUGCUUUGUAAAUAUAUUUACUCAUGUUUACUGCAAUCUCACUGAGUUCUUUACGUUUGCCUUAGAGCUGCAGUUUUCUGCAGCGACGUUCUUGAAAACAUCGUUCCACUUUCUGAAGAACUGCAUUCAUUAUGGGAUUUAAAUGGUGUCUUGAAUUGGCACAUUCAGAUUUUUUUUUUUCUUCCCUGAAUUUGAAACUUCUCCAAGCUUUUCCAGAAAUUGCCUCCAAAUCUGAUCUCUAAAAAGAAAAAAGAGGACAAAAAGACGGUUCCCCAAACCAUCACACUACCUUGGGAACGCUGUUCCUCAGAGUUCCUUCAGUGUGUCAGGAAGUUCCUUUCCUGGACACGUGCUCUCCUCUGCACAUAAAUUAGCAGAUGAGAGUCUCCACAGAACCCAGAGUUUUUGGCUUGUAGAUUUUCACUUUUGGGUUUGUCACAUAUGCACCACAGUUACAAUGAACAACCGGUUUUGUAGAUAUUCAACCUGAGUUAAAGGUUGGCCGCUGUGCUUUGUAAUCUUAAAAUAUGCACUUCCCCUUGUUAAUGAAAACAGGAGCGUAACACUUCUGUGCUCAGUCUUUCUGUAUGUGAGCGUUAAAGACCUUCGUGGCCACAUGCAGGGCUGUGUUUGUGUACAGAUCUAUGGCUUCCAUCUUAUGCAGUAUGCGGUCAAAUGAACUCUCGCUUUUAGUGCCGAUAAAGAUAAGGAAACUUGUCUCUUUCAGUCAUGGCUUCAAUAAAACUCGACUCCAGACUACA